UCUUUUAAAUAACCCUAAAGUCUCGCCAGACAUUUCACUUGUCAUUUCACUGAGAAGCCUCUCUCUCUCUACGAAUCUCAACUGUUCAUCUCUCUCGCUUCUCCGAUCUCACUAUGGCGGACAAGAAGAUUAAGAUCGGAAUCAACGGAUUCGGAAGAAUCGGUCGUUUGGUCGCAAGAGUUAUCUUGCAGAGGAACGAUGUUGAGCUCGUCGCUGUCAACGAUCCUUUCAUCACCACUGAGUACAUGACCUACAUGUUCAAGUACGACAGUGUUCACGGUCAGUGGAAGCACCAUGAUCUCAAGGUCAAGGAUGAGAAGACUCUUCUCUUUGGCGAGAAGCCCGUCACUGUUUUCGGUAUCAGGAACCCUGAGGAGAUCCCAUGGGCUGAAGCUGGUGCUGAGUUUGUUGUUGAGUCCACCGGUGUAUUUACUGACAAGGACAAGGCUGCUGCUCACUUGAAGGGUGGUGCCAAGAAGGUUAUCAUCUCUGCCCCGAGCAAGGAUGCACCCAUGUUUGUUGUUGGUGUCAAUGAGCAUGAGUACAAGCCUGAGCUUGACAUUGUUUCCAAUGCUAGUUGCACCACCAACUGCCUUGCUCCACUUGCCAAGGUUAUUAACGACAGGUUCGGAAUCGUAGAGGGCCUUAUGACCACCGUCCAUUCUAUCACUGCUACGCAGAAGACUGUUGAUGGUCCAUCAAUGAAGGACUGGAGAGGUGGAAGAGCUGCAUCCUUCAACAUUAUUCCUAGCAGCACUGGAGCUGCCAAGGCUGUUGGCAAGGUUCUCCCAGCACUCAAUGGAAAGUUGACGGGGAUGGCCUUCCGUGUUCCGACAGUGGAUGUCUCAGUUGUUGACCUUACUGUUAGGCUUGAGAAAGCUGCCACAUACGAUGAGAUCAAGAAAGCUAUCAAGGAGGAGUCAGAAGGGAAGCUGAAGGGAAUCUUGGGUUACACUGAGGAUGAUGUUGUUUCUACAGACUUUAUUGGGGACAACAGGUCGAGUAUAUUCGAUGCAAAGGCUGGAAUUGCGUUGAGCGAGAAUUUUGUGAAGCUCGUCACUUGGUACGACAACGAGUGGGGAUACAGUUCACGUGUGGUCGACUUGAUUGUUCACAUGUCAAAGGCCUAAAUCUCCCACCCUCUAAUGGGACUAUAGAGAGACGGAAAGGAAAUCAAAGCAAGGCUCCUUCCUUCUCAUGUUUGUUUCUUGGAUUAUAAUAACAUAUAUAAAACUUUGGAGUUUCCAUUUCUUGCUCUGCCAUGGCGUUUUGCUUGUAUGACCUUUUGAUUAUGGUCCUUCAGAUCAAAUCUUUACUUGACAUAAUAUUUGUGUUCGUUUC